UGCUCUUUUCUCUCUCUCCUCUUCUCUGUUUCUCCUCUCUCUUUCUCAAGUUUUCCAUUUCCUCAGAAUCAGAGCUACUGGAGGAAAACAUCUACUUCUGCUUGCUGUUCAGCUUCGCAAACAAGGAAGAUGGAGACAAAAUUGAACACCUGCAAUGUAUGGUCUCUGCUGUUUGUUUUCCUGGUGUGGCACCCAGCCAGGUUGGUGCUGGCUAACAUCCAAGAAGAUGAGGCUAAAAAUAACAUUACCAUCUUUACAAGAAUUCUAGACAGACUUCUGGACGGUUACGAUAAUCGGCUUAGACCAGGACUAGGAGACAGUAUUACUGAAGUCUUCACUAACAUCUACGUGACCAGUUUUGGCCCUGUCUCAGAUACAGAUAUGGAAUACACCAUAGAUGUGUUCUUUCGACAAAAAUGGAAAGAUGAGCGUUUAAAAUUUAAAGGUCCUAUGAAUAUCCUUCGACUUAACAAUUUAAUGGCUAGCAAAAUCUGGACUCCAGAUACCUUCUUUCACAAUGGGAAAAAGUCAGUGGCUCAUAACAUGACAAUGCCCAACAAGCUGCUUCGAAUCCAGGAUGAUGGAACAUUGCUAUACACCAUGAGGCUUACAGUUCAAGCUGAAUGCCCAAUGCACUUGGAGGAUUUUCCAAUGGAUGCACACUCAUGCCCACUGAAAUUUGGAAGCUAUGCAUAUACAACAUCAGAAGUCACUUAUAUUUGGACUUACAAUGCUUCUGACUCUGUUCAGGUUGCUCCUGAUGGGUCUAGGUUAAACCAAUAUGAUUUGCUGGGCCAGUCAAUUGGGAAAGAGACUAUUAAAUCCAGCACAGGUGAAUAUACUGUAAUGACAGCUCAUUUCCACUUGAAAAGAAAAAUUGGGUAUUUUGUGAUUCAGACCUAUCUGCCUUGUAUCAUGACUGUCAUUCUCUCCCAAGUGUCGUUCUGGCUUAACAGAGAAUCUGUGCCUGCAAGAACUGUGUUUGGAGUGACAACUGUUCUCACAAUGACAACACUCAGCAUCAGUGCUCGAAAUUCUCUCCCCAAAGUGGCGUAUGCCACUGCCAUGGACUGGUUUAUUGCUGUUUGUUAUGCCUUUGUGUUCUCGGCCCUAAUUGAGUUUGCAACCGUGAAUUACUUCACCAAAAGAGGAUGGGCUUGGGAUGGGAAGAGUGUAGUAAAUGACAAGUCCCCUUCAAUAAAAGCUGAAGGCAUUAUAUUAACAUACAACUCAGUGAAGGCAAUUCUUCAAGGAACUAAACUAAUAUGGUCCAAAUAUAUAGCUUUCUCCUGGUCCAGUUUAAGCCAAGCAAAGCCUUUAGAGUACUUACAGAAGCGGAUGGACUGUUUAUCCUUCACACACUCUUCUAAAAAAGAGAAAGGUUCCGUCAUGAUACAGAACAAUGCCUAUGCGGUGGCUGUUGCCAACUACGCCCCAAAUCUUUCCAAAGAUCCUGUUCUCUCCACCAUCUCUAAAAGUGCAACAACGCCAGAACCCAACAAGAAACCAGAGAACAAGCCAGCUGAAGCCAAGAAAACCUUCAACAGCGUCAGCAAAAUUGACAGAAUGUCUAGAAUAGUUUUCCCAGUUCUGUUUGGUACAUUUAAUUUAGUUUAUUGGGCUACCUAUUUAAACAGGGAGCCUGUAUUAGGGGUCAGUCCGUGAGUCUAGACCUUGAUUACCUUUUGGCUAUAGCAACAUUACACUUGGUUUAUUUUGCUAUGUACAGUCUGACUAAUAACUGCUAAUUUAUGUCCCAAUAUGUACAGUAUGUAUAUAGUGGUAGAGCUUACCAGUAGACCUCUAAAGGGGACCUGCAUUUGCUAACUCAUGGAAAUAUAGGCAGAAAACAUCCCAUGCCAAAAGAGCCAUUGCCUUUUAAAAAGAUUUACCUUAGGACCUAGUUUAAAGUGGAUUUCAGAUCACGCAAUUUAUUUCCUAAUGUUCUAAUUAUGAUGAAAGUUGAGAUCCUGUGUCACCCUUUGCAAAACCUUUGAUUUAGAUACUGCAUUGAAAAAAAAAAUCUACUGCUACCUAAGGAUGAUCAGAAUUUACCAUUGUUACUCAAAUAUGAAUUCUGCAUAUCUGCAUAUCUGAAAGUCUGAUCUGCUCCCUCCAGGAGAGUUCAGAACCCCUGCUAGUUUAAUGGGAAGCUUGACACACAUUUGGAGAAGCUAGAGAUGUGAAAACAGCCUUUAAUUACUAUGUAGAAUAUCUAUAGCCAUGUACAUAUUACAAGCAUGACAAGCUCAAAUAACUAUGAAGUCACCAUGACAGGAUGUUGAUGAUGCUUACAUUUAAGAACUAUUGGAAUGUCACGGUCAUUAUAUUUUUAGCUUGAGAGUUUAUUUGAAUGUGGUAACUGAAUCUUACAUCUCACUACAAUCAUUGGAAACUAGCAAACAGUAUAAAACGAAGAUAAAUGGACUAAGUUUUUGAGGCACAUGUUGUCAGCUGAAUUUUUCUGGUGCUGGAGAGGGGAAGAAAGCAGCCAUCUUGGCUGCAAUGGAACAAAGUUCAUUCAUAUCAGAUUAGAAAGCUGUGCCAAAAACUCCAAGUGAUGAGAAUUCAUAGGUGUCCUAGGUAUAGAUGAGCACUUAUAUGAUUCUCUUCUUUCCUGUUUACUGCAAAUUCUGCCUUAAGGCUUCUUCUCAUCAGGAAUCAGAAGCCACUAAUUAUAAAGGAAAGGGCAGUUAGUUGGCACAUUUUUCUGUCUGGAAAGCAGCUCUUUCAGGUAAGAAUUAAUAUAUAUCUGCUUUUGUAAAUUGCAACUUUAAAUUUCAUUGACUCGAAUUUACAGCAGCUUUGUAUACCAGAAGAGGUUUUGGUAAGAGUUGAACAUUUUUAAACCACAACUUUAAAACAUCAUUGACAGAUUAUGGAUUAUGUCACACACACACACACACACACACACACACACAC